AUGAGUGACAAAAUCCCCUCGUGGAACCUUGUCCACAGGUUUGAGAAGCGACAGCUUCUCAUCGCGAUCAACUGCGUGGCCGCAUUGUCCAUUCUGUUCUUCGGAUAUGACCAAGGAAUGAUGGCCGGCGUGAAUAACGCCCAAGACUAUAUCGAUCUGAUGGGAUUUGGGUACACGAAAUUUGAAAAUGGCGAAGCGACCCCGGUGGUGACCGAUUCAUUGCUUCAAGGUGGAAUCGUGGCGGUGUACUAUCUUGGGACACUCUUUGGUGCUUUACUCGGUGGCUGGCUCGGCGAUCGCAUGGGUCGAAUUAAAUCGAUUGCCGCAGGAGCUGCAUGGGCUGUACUGGGUGCAAGUCUGCAAUGCUCAGCGCAGAACCACAACUGGAUGAUCUGCGCACGUGCCGUCAAUGGAAUUGGCACUGGUAUCCUGAAUGCUAUUGUCCCUGUAUGGGCCACGGAAACAGCGGAGCACACCUCACGAGGACAAUUCAUCGCCAUUGAAUUCACAUUGAACAUCUUUGGUGUGGUCCUAGCCUACUGGCUUGAAUUUGGUCUCUCAUAUAUCGACGGCGGUCGGUCUGCCUUCCGUUGGCGAUUCCCCAUUGCAUUCCAGAUCGUUUUUCUCUUGGUUUUGUUUGCUGCGGUUUGGUUCAUGCCCGAGUCUCCGCGUUGGCUUGUCAAGGUUGGUCGCGAAGAUGAGGCACGAUACAUCCUUCAACGACUCCGUGGUAGCAGCCCCGAAGACAGCAUGCGCGCCGAGGCCGAAUUUCGGGAUAUUCAGAACAUUGCCGAGAUGGAAAAGACUGUUGUUCACGGCAACUCUUACCUCUCCAUGCUCUUUGGCUGGAAGUCGGGCGAUUUGCACAUUGGCCGCCGGGUGCAACUGGUCAUCUGGUUGCAGAUCAUGCAAGAGUGGGUGGGUAUCGCUGGUGUGACUGUCUAUGCACCCACCAUCUUUAGCAUUGCAGGAUUUGAUUCAACGAAAAGUCAAUGGAUCAGUGGAUUGAACAACAUUUUCUACAUGUUUGCCACAUUAGUCUGCGUGUUCACCCUGGAUCGUAUUGGCCGACGCUGGACUCUCUACUGGGGCUCCGUUGUCCAGGGAAUUUCCAUGUUCUUGGCUGGAGGAUUCUCCCGCCUUGCCAUUAAUGCCCGUGAGGCGGGCAACGCGAGUUCCGCCUCUUCCUACGGUGCCGCGGCCGCUUCGAUGAUUUUCAUCUUCACUUCAACGUUUGGUGCCACGUGGUUGACCGUCCCAUGGCUCUACCCAGCCGAAAUCUUCCCGCUUGCCGUGCGUGCCCGAGGCAAUGCAUGGGGCGUCGUUGGCUGGAGUAUCGGCAAUGGAUGGCUGACUCUGCUGUGUCCCGUCAUGUUUGACUCGAUUGGCGAAAAAACUCUUUACAUCUUCGGAGCCAGCAACGUGAUUACCAUUCCGAUGGUCUGGGCCCUCUAUCCCGAGAGCAACCAACGAACCCUCGAAGACAUGGAUCUUUUGUUUGCCGCCAAAACGCCCUGGACAUGGGAUGCCGAAAAGACUUUUGCUCGCCUCAAAGCCGAGAACCCCGGCCUGGUUGACAUUGCGAACCACAAAAACAGCGUUUUGGAUUCUGAGAGCGGACACGGGGCAAUCGCAAAGAAUCAGGACACGGUCGCGGCUGAGCAUGUAGAUCACUCGUAA